GGCAGCACCGGGACCAUGCUGCGGCCCAGACCGGCCGCGCUCGUUCCGCUGAUGAGGGCGGCGGGGGGGCGGCGCCGGUGCCGGGAGCCCUCGGGGGGGGCGCGGGUCCCGUCGCUCUGCUCCGCGCCCCCCCCGCAGCCGGUGAUCGCCGCCAAGGAGCCGUUCCCGGUGGAGCUGCAGGCGGGGAAAACCUACGGCUGGUGCGCCUGCGGGCACAGCAAGCGCCAGCCCUUCUGUGACGGUGCCCACAAGAAGGAGGCCCCGGGGCUGUCCCCGCUGCGCUUCACCCCUGCGCAAAGCGGCCCCGCGCUGCUCUGCGGCUGCAAACGCACCCGGAGCCCCCCGUACUGCGACGGCUCCCACCGCGGGGACGAGGUGCAGGCGGCGCCGCUGCCCCCCCGAGCCUGAGCGGGGCUCGGGGGCACCGGGAGUACUGGCAGCACCGGGAGCACCGGGAUCCCCUUCCCGACCCCUGCGCAGCCACUCGGGGGGAAGAGAGGCUCCAAACCCCAAUGAAAUCCUAAUUCCGGAGCACCGGGAGCCGCCCCGGCUGCAGGGAUUCACCUGCCGACCCCAAAUCGGCCCCUGGACAGUGGGAUUGGUGGGAAUGACCCCAAAUCGGCAGGAGGCUGUGUGGGAUCUGUGGGAUUUGGGAUGCAGAGGCCAGUGGGGUUUGGCAGGAGGCUGUGUGGGAUCUGUGGGAUUUGGGAUGCAGAGGCCAGUGGGGUUUGGCAGGAGGCUCUGUGGGAUCUGCGGGAUCUCUCAGGAGGCUCUGGGCAGCUGCCCCUGUGCUGUUUGUUCUUUUCCAAAGCUGGACCCGAGGUUUGCAAAGGCUGAACCAAGGACAAGCCCUGGAGAUUGGGAUCGUUCCCAGGGAUUGGGAUUAUUCUCAGGGAUUGGGAUCAUUCCCAGGAUUGGGAUCAUUCCCAGGACAAUAAACGUGAUCUGAACACAC